AUGUCCUCUGGUCGCCGUUCUUCUUCUCGUAGUCGCCGCAGUGGCGCGUAAGUUUGGGGGUAAUUGGAGAGCUUUGGACAAGAUUUGAGAUAUUAGGUGCUAAGUUGGGUGGGGGUAUGAGGUGAUGUUACUUUAGGCAGUUUAGGGGGAAGUGAAGUUUGCUGGGGUGAAUGGUGUGGUUUAAAAUGGAUGUAAUAGGAGGAAUAGAGGAUAUUAUUGCAUAAUCUUACUAUUUAAGUUGUUGGCAACCAUUGUUUAAUAAUAUUUUGUGAUUUGGAUAUUACUUUAGGUAGUGUAAGGUUGUGAUGUAAUAUGCCAAAUAGAUUGCUGAAAAGCUCAUGUUAAUACUUUUUCUGAGCGAUUUGGGGAACAAUGUUGUAUGAAAAAUUUUUUAUGAUUAAGAUUUUGUAUUGUGACUUGACUUUUCUUCAGCAGCCGUCUCCGUUUCGACGAGGAUGUUGAGGUGAUCCCGCCUGAAGGCGAAUCCUCGUUCCGCCGCUCUCCCAGCACCACUCCUCGCCGAAGCUCUGGACUGAGUCGCAGUGCCCGCGCCAAAGCCAUGCCCCGAGAUGCCCGUGGACGCUUCUUGCCUUUGAACGACUCUCGGUAGGUCGAAGUUUUUUUUUGAUUUUUUUCAUUUUUAGUCGCUCCAGCUACCGCAAGACUCCGGUUCCAACUCGUCGCUACUCCUACCGACUCAGCGACCCCGACAAGACGCUUCGCGGCCCAUUUUCGGACUCGGAGUGAGUUGAUUUUUUUGUUUUUUUUUGUUUGCAUUUUUAGUCAGCUACUUGUUGAAUGACCCCUUCUUAUCACGAACAUACUUGCAGAGCGGACGAUGUGGUCGAGGAAAUGCCCCGUCGCAGCCUUACGCGCGGCCGUGGCGCCCGCGAUCGCAGCUCCUCUUCCUCGUCGGGCAGUGCGGCUCCCCGUCGCUCUCGUCGCUCCGUCACCCCUAAGGACACUCCCCGCCCUCCGCGCUACCUCAGCCGACGCGGUCCACGCAGACGGAGCCCGGCCGCACCAUCCAGACGCCGCUAG